GACGUCCUCCCAUUCUAACCGGGCAUGCACGGCUCCGGGUGCUAGCAGCGUGGUGAUCGGCAUGCCACCUGUCAGUGCUCAUCCAUGCCACCUGCCAGAGCCCAUCAAUGCCACAUCAGUGCCACAUUUCAGUGCCCGGUGUCACUCAUCAGUGCCAGUCAGUGCCACCUAUCAAUGCCAGUCAAUGCCACAUAUCAGUGCCGCCUAUCAGUGCCAGUCAGUGCUGCCUAUCAGUGUGCAUCAGUGCCGCCUAUCAGUGCCCAUCAGUGCUGCCUAUCAAUGACGCAUAACAGUGCCAGUCAGUGCCACCUAACAGUGCCAGUCAGUGCAGCCUAUCAGUGCCAGUUAGUGCAGCCUAUCAGUGCCAUAUAUGAGUUCUGCCUUUCAGUGCCCAUCAGUGAUGCCUGUCAAUGCCCAUAUAUGAGUUCUGCCUUUCAGUGCCCAUCAGCGAUGCCUGUCAAUGCCCAUUAGUGCCACCUACCAGUGUCUCCUAAUCAGUGCCACCUAUCAGUGUCCAUCAGUGCACCCUAUCAGUUACCAUCACUACAGCCUCAUUAGCGCAUAUCAGUAAAGGAGAAAAAUCACUUAUUUACAACAUUUUAUAACAAAAACUAAGAAAAAAAACUUUUUUUUUCAAAAUUUUCAGUGGUUCUUGGUUUGUUUAAGAAAAAUAA